UUGUCGCUUUUAUUUCACUUCUUAUUUUCUUUAAAAUCAUUUCCUGAAAACUUAGUACAGAGAUGAAACCUACAGCAGGAAGCGAGAUGAUCUUCUGGAAAUAUUUACUUUUGCUGCACUCUGAAGAUUAUUUGCUUCAGGCAAGAAAUUUUUGGGUGCUGCUGAAAUUUUGGAGAUCUGGGAAAAUGGGGUAAUAACAUGACACCAGCUCUUAAGCAGCAACAUCUGCUGUGGUUCAAAGCCACACAAAGAAAGCUGCUUAAGCAGUUGAAUAUUUUGGACUGCACGGACAAGUGUGGUUCGACUGCAAAGACUGCAGAGUAGAGGAAACUUAACAUUUUAGAGAAGUUGUUAAAAAAUGGAGUCGUGGAAGAUGAGCAUCUUUAAGAGACAGACAUCACCUUGUCCUCCAAGCUAUCGAAGAUCUUUGUCAGAACCUGCUGAUGCAAAUUCAGAGAUAGGAGCAAGCUUAAAGAGCUAUCCUUGGCGUGGUCCAGUGAAAAGCAAGAGGAAGAAAAAUGAACAUGCUGCUUCCAGUCUAGGAAAGCCACUGGGUGCUUAUCGGUGGCAAACACAUCCCAGCUAUAGGUGGAAAGGGGGCAAAAGGGAGAGGUUGGAGACUAAUAAAAAAGACUUGGAUGAACCUCAACAAAAGGUCCUGUCAAAGAUGGUUGGCAAUAAGGCUUCUUCCUCUGCUAACGAGGUCCUUGGAACAUCAGCAGAGAAGCUGAACCUGGUCAACACCCGGUCGCUUCGGGUUCCGUUCACCAGAUCUAUUUCAGAGCCAGAACCCCGCUGCAAUAUCAGAUUUGUUAGACCGUGGCCGACUUCAGGGAGGUCAGAGGAAUCUGAGCAACAGGGAUAUUUCAUCCGUGGCAUUUUCUCUACUCUUUCCAAUGGCUUCUCCAGGAUGCUGAGUCUAAAAGGAGAAUCAACCAAUGAGUCAGUAAGAGAAGGUGUGAAUCUUCCUGCAUUUCUCAUUCCCCACAAGAGAAGGUAUACAAUUGGCCCAGGAGACCUGAAUUCUACUUCCAUUUAUGCCAGUUAUCAUCUGCGAAGUUUCACCUCUGAAUCUCUCUUUACACUUCGUGGAAUAGUAAUGCCUUCCUCACAAAUGAUAGACAAAAUUCGAAAAUGUUAUGUACAUUAUAGUUUACAUAACAUCUAUUCACAGAUGACAUGUGAAUAUAAAGUGUUCUCGUUAGAGUUGCUAUUUAUAGUAUUAUAGCAAGGUACGGAAUAUUAAUCCAUAGAUGUCUUAAAGACUGUGUUAAGAAAAUCAAUAUAUUUCUUACUUUGAAACCUACGAGUGUUUGUUACUUUUUUUCCUCAAUAUGAACUGCGGAUGCAAGAGGCAUUAGGUAAUGUAGUAUGUAUUUAAAAUGUGUAAAACAGCCUUUGACACAUAGCAUUUGUUCAAUAUAUAUAUUAGAUCUUGUUUCUGUUAGGAAAAUAAACUUACACUGAUAGAGUUUAAAAAAAAAAAGCAGGAAGAAGAAAUAGAAUACCUGAUUGUUGGGUGUUAUAGGUAAAAAAUGUAAGUAAAUUGCAAUGUUCUAGUCUUAAAUUCUGUGUACCCAACCUUGUUCUGAGCAAUGUGUAUGUUCUGAGCAUAAACAGAUUUCUUGUUCCAUAGCUGACCAUAAUUACCCUCAUUCUUAAAGCAGUGAAAUAUAUCAUGGUCAGGGUCUCUAACCAAUUUAAGAGGGAGAAGCUCAAAGGCUUCACUACUAUUCCACAUUCAACCCUCCAGUUGUGUAAUAUAUAUUAAUUUAUCUGAUGUAGGUCAGAGAAUAUGUAGGUCAA